GUUUUCUUUUCUCUUUUUUCAACAAUCGAUUUCAAUAUUCAAUAUUCCCCUUAUUCUUCUUCCUCCUCCUCCCACUUCUCCCUUUCUCCCUUUCUCCCUUCGAUCUCUUUCCCCUUCAAAAAUCCAAAAUAAUCCAAAAAAAAAUUACUAACAAAAUUCACACACACACAUACACUAAGCAUCGCCUAUCUAUUUCUCCAUAAUAUACUUUCUAUUUUACGUAUUGCAGAUCGGAGCUUCGGGUAGAUCCGAUUCAAUAUUAUUAAUUUCUUCUUUUUUAUUUGAUUCUAGUUUGUGAAGCUAUUUGGAUGACCGUAGAUCAAUAUUUGGAUAAUGACUUCAAAUAUGUUGGCAGGGGAAAGAAGGUGGGUUUCUGCGAGAAGAGGUGGCAUGACUGUCCUUGGAAAAGUGGCUGUCCCAAAACCAUUGAACUUACCCAGUCAGCGGUUAGAGAAUCAUGGUUUGGACCCAAAUGUUGAAAUUGUUCCCAAGGGUACAUUGAGCUGGGGUAGCCGUACAUCUUCCUCUACCUCAAAUCCGUGGGGAUCCUCAACACACUCUCCAAAUGCUGAUGGUGGAGCGAGCUCACCAAGUCAUCUUAGAUCUCGCCCUUCAUCUGGUGGGAGUGGCACUCGACCUUCAACUGCUGGUAGUGAUAGAACACAAGAACCUACCACUAGUGCAUGGGGUACCAGUUCUAGGCCUUCAUCAGCUUCUGGGCCAUUAUCAUCAAGCAAAGUACCAUCAACAUUGGCGCGCCCACGCAGUGCAGAGACAAGACCAGGCAGCUCCCAGCUUUCACGCUUUGCUGAGCCUGUUUCUGAACAUCCAGUAGCAUGGGGAGCAACAGCUACUGCAGAGCGUUUGGGAGUACUCUCAUCCAAGAAUGAAGGCUUUUCUCUGACUUCUGGGGAUUUUCCAACUCUUGGGUCAGAUAGAGAUGCUUCUGGGAAAACUACUGAAUCACAAGAUCAUGGUUCUAGUAGCCGUCCUAGCUCAGCUUCUGGAAAAGUAGCACAGCCCCUAGAGAAGACAAGUGCAUCUCACUCAGAUGUGAAGGGCGGGGCAUUUGAUGCAUGGAAAAAAGAUGGUCAAAGUGCUGAGGAUCCUCCGCAGCAUGGUAUGGAGAAAUGGCAAGGGGAUCCCCAUCAGUAUCACGGUCCUAAUGUUCCACCACAGCAUUUUGAUGCAUGGCGUGGUCCUCCUAUGAAUCCUCCAGCUGCUCUUUGGUAUAGAGGACCACCUGGGGGGCCACCUUAUGGAGCUCCAGUUCCUCCCGGUGGUUUUCCAAUUGAGCCAUUCCCCUACUUUCCACCCCAGAUGCCGCCUCCUGCUAUGGCAAAUUCACAACCAGGUCCUCCUCCAGGUCCUGGGUCCAGAGGGCAUCAUCCUAGAGGUGGAGAUAUAUAUAGACCCCAGAUUGCUGAUGCUUAUAUUCGUCCAAAUAUGCCAUUUAGACCUGGUUUUUACUCUGGUCCAGUGGCCUUUGAGGGCUAUUAUGGACCGCCAAUGGGUUAUUGCAAUUCCAAUGAACGGGAAAUUCCUCUUAUGGGCAUGCCUCCUGGUCCCCCAGUCUAUAAUAGAUAUUCAGGCCCAAAUACUCCUGAUCCAAGCAAUACUCAUGCCAGGAUUGGCAGUCACGGUGUUCAUACCAAAUCAAUGCCAGAGGCACUAGAAUCAACUCAUCCCGAUGAUGCUAAAGGACCAUAUAAGGUUCUUUUAAAGCAUGAUGCAAGAGAGGAAGGAGAGACUUGGGAACAUGCUGCGCCCAUCAAUGGCCCAUAUCAUGAUAGAAGCUCUCAGAGAUCAUUGCAGAGACAUGAGCGGGGAGGUGAGUAUGGUGGUGAGAAAGAAUUGUAUUCAAGGAGAACAACAGGGUAUCCGCGCAACUAUGGUGAUCGAGGAGGUGAUUUUUCAGAUGCCACAAAUACGAACUCACUUGAAGGCAUAGAUACUAUGAAGGUAGCUGAUGGCAGUUGGACGAAGAAAUCAGGGUAUGUGGAAUCCUCUGGUGGAGUGCCGCCACCUUCCAUGGCUCCUGAAAAGGUUUCAGCUCCUGCAGUGACUGCCAAAGAUUCUUCCUUGAUGCAGAAGAUUGAAGGUCUAAAUGCAAAAGUGAGAGCAUCUGAUGGACGUUAUGAAGCGCCUUAUGUUUCAUCAGAAGAAGAUAUGAAUAAGUCAGAACUGAAUUCUAUGGUUACCAAUUCAGUAAAUGAAGCUAAAGGCGGUCUAGUGCCAUUAGAAAGAACACAUACUUCUGGAACCACGGGGAGCAAGGGUGGCCAUUCAAUAGCUGCCAUGUCAAGGAGGCCGUAUCACGGUGCGCCAACCAGAAAUGAUCAUCUUGGUAAACCCAAAUUUGAUAGACAUGAUGAUGGUUGGAGGAAAAAGUCCAUUGCAGCUGAUUCAUCUGCUGCGGCUUCUGGAACAUUCGUAGAACCUGCUUCUAAUGUUCAUGCAUGUGAGUCAGGUCCUGAAGUUGAGGCUGUUGAGCAAGCUUUAACUGAUAUAAGCGUGAGUGGUGAAAAAGAAUCCUUGUCAGAAUUGCAUGAUUCGGCAGAUACCCAGGCUCAGCGCGCAAAGAUGAAAGAGUUAGCCAGGCAGCGUGCCUUACAGCUGCAGAAAGAAGAGGAAGAACGAAUUAAACAACAGAGAGCCAAAGCUCUUGCUAAAUUAGAGGAAUUGAAUCGCCGUAUGCAGGCAGGUGAUGCUUUGGGUCAGAAGGCUGAAAAGGAUUUGCCCGCUGAUAUUACCAAGCAAGAUCUACAAGGCUCCUCGCCCCCUGAAACAGUGUUGUCUACUGUCAUGCCUCAACCACACAAUGCAACUUUAGCAGCAAACGGUAACGUUAUUGAUGCCAGUGAGCACAUUCUCGACAAAGACAGUGAGCAUAUUAAUCCACCUGUUGUGUUGGAAUUCGGCACAUCUAUUAUGGUCCAGUCAGAAAUAGCCAUCCCACAACCCCAGGCCUUUCUAUCGAAGCAAGAGGCCAAUAAGGUUUCUGCUGCUCGUGGAAAAGAUAUUUGUCAGUCAAGUGAUGGGGGUGUCAUCAAGCCUAAGCGUAGUAGCUACAAGCAAAGGCCGAAUAUGAUACCUAAGAAUAUGAAUGAAAAGUCAGUUCCUGUUAGCGCUACUGAGGUAUCUAGGGGUCCUAAUGAUGUUAUUGUUAAUAAUAUUCCAUCAACUGAGGUUCAUGAAGUUAGCUUAAAUGCUGAAUCAGACAUGGUCAAUAAUGCCAAGUUUGCGGUCGAGUCUUCCUCGCAGCCGAGAAGGAAAGGUAAUAGGACCAACAAGAACAAGCAGAAGCUUGAUGCUGUGCUGCCGCCCCCUGCCUCUCCAUCACCAGCUCAUAAUGUUAGUAAUCCUGCUAAAGUUCGUAAUCAACAGGAGAAGUUGAAUUCUUCUCAGUUGGUUCUGGAUGUGAGCUCAGUUCAGGCAGGAAGUGGUGAUAAUGUUGUGCAACCUUCUGAGCAGAGUUCCCCUUUGCCUAGCGAAGAAGGUCAUGGUCGAGUCAUUAACCACUGGAAACCUCAGCACCCUCGCAGGACGCAAAGAAAUCAGCAGUCUAAUAUGCAUAAUGAUAAGUUUCAGGGAGGGGAUGCAGUUGUUUGGGCACCUGUACGGUCUCAAAGCAAAACUGAAGAUGCUGGUGAAGCAAGUCAGAAAAUUGGAUCUAAUUCAAUUGGUCCACUGAAGAGUGAUAACAUGGUGCAGAGUAAUUCAAAAAGCAAGAGAGCUGAAAUGGAGAGAUACGUUCCUAAACCAGUGGCCAAAGAGCUUGCCCAGCAUGGUAGUAAUCAACAGCCACUGUUGUUGUCAGGCAAUUCUUCUGGUCCAGAUGGAACAAGUGGCAGGCCAGAAUCUAGGCCUGAAAACUCUGGGUGUUCCGCACCUACUGGAUCUGCAACUGAGAGUUUGUCCAUAGAGUCCAGGGAUGGGGAUGGAAAACAUAAUAACAAUAAGCAAGGAAAAGCGCAUGGCGUGUGGAGGCAAAGGGGUUCAACUGAAUUGGCAUUGGACCCCAGCAAGGAUGAAUACAAGUCUUUGGAUCACACUCGAUCUUUGAAGCCUGAUGGAGAGUCUAUGAGAUAUGAGUCCAAGUGUUCCGGUGAGUUCGAUGUAUCAGAUGGUUGGAACAUGCCAGGUGAUUUUGAAGGUCAACGUACCACCAUUCCUGUUGUACCAGAUGAGGGAACGACAGGUAAAGGAAAACGGUACCCUUCUAAGGGCCAUAGAAGCACAGGAAAUUCUGGGUAUGAACACAAAAACAGCAGUGUGGGGCCUCAGCAAAAUCACAGUCUGUCAGGAGCCACUGAAACCAACCUGAUGGACAGAAGAGUUCCUGCAAAGGAAAACCGUGGUGUGGGCAAUCGUACUCCACCACCACAUUGGCAGCCAAAGUCGCACACUGGAGCGCAAAAUAGUACUAUGGAAGGCGAUCGGGUCAAUAGGAGGGAUUAUCAUCACAAUAAAGUUGGUAUUCCUCCAAGCAGUGAGAAGGAGAGCUGGGAUAUGGGCGCAGGUCAAGCAGAUUCAUUUUCAUCUGAAGAUAAAAUUGUUCCAGAGGUGCCAAAUGUUCGAAAUCUGGAUCCAAGAAGAGAGAGAAAGCCUGCUUCAUUUAGGGGACGCCCCUACUCCCCUAACCAGGGUCCUGUUGUCAAAGCUGAAUUAGCUCCUGAUAAUGCUGAGGCUGUACAAGAGAGGAGCAACUCAGGUUUGAGGAGGAAUGUAAACCAGAAUAAUCGUUCUGCUCGGACCCAAGAAUCUCAUGGAGAUUCAUUCUCGGUGAAAGAUAAUCGGCAGCACAGCACCUCCAGUGGUCGAGAAAGGUGGAGGAACAACAAUCAUUAUGAGUACCAGCCAGUUGGGCAAUACAAUAAUAGCAAACCAGGUAAUUUUGAAGGGCCAGCUGAUGGUUCUCAGAAUGUUGAUCAAAAGAGAUACAGAGAGAGGGGGGGUCAGGUUCAGUCAAAGCGGGGAGGUGGAAAUUUCCAUGGCAGGCAAGGUGGAUCUGGCCGAGUAAAUGUCAAUUAUGAUUGAUGGGGAGGGCUAAAUGUGAUUUAGGUCUUUUAGCUUGUGAUGAACCGCAACCUUACCAGAUGGACUCCGACUCUCUUCUUAGUUUGGCUAGACAUCUGGUAGUGCAGUUUUAGGUGAUAGCUUUUGUCGUGGUAGAAGAGAACUUGUUGGCCAAUGUCACACGGGUGAGCUGGACUACGGCCAGGUGUGGCCACAUGGUUUUGGGAAAGAGUAAUGUGUCUGGUGCAACUGUAAGUGCGACGUUAUGAGAGGUGUAAUUAAUUUGCAGAACAUUAAUAUUGUUGCCCAUUUUCUCCCCAGAGGAAUGAAUGUCUAUGCAUGUGGAGCAUUGUAAGUUGCUAUUAUAUUUUUGUAUUAUCAGAAUCUAGAGGUGUAGCUUUUUCUCUUGGUCGAAAGAAUGAUGACCAAAGCGAA